AUGAGCAACCUGGAAUCUGCCCCAGCACCCUUAGCUGCUGAUCACAACACUCCUGUACCCAACCAGACUGGAGUCAUAGAUGGGAUGAUCAGCACCAGUCGUGUUGAUGAAGACGGUAGAGCGCAGCGUCGAACCGGUGGCUCAGCUCAGACAAUACCAAGUCGCCGUCGAUCGGUUUCACGUAAGUCGUCACCUAUAGAUCGUGCUCGCGAGACACUUGGAGAAGAGACUGUUCGUCAACUACAACAAACUUACCGAUCGUUGGAUUCUACAUGGGGAGGGUCCGAGCACAACCAGGCUGAAGGUAUGGUUCUUAGUUUAAUUCGGCAAGGUGUUGCAGACGCACAAAUACGCGCCAUUUUCGGAGGUGGAGGCUCAAUGAUACAGAGAUUAAAAGGAGUGAUUAAAAACGGCAUUGAUACGCUGCACACACGUCGCCGCGGCACUACUCCAAAACAUGCAUUCAGUGAAGACGAUAUUGGGAGCUUGAAGACGGGUUUCCGUGCUCAUAUCGGCGUCCUAGGCAAUAUUUUGUGGAGCCGAAGAUUACAUGAAAGUUACUAUGGGAAAGAUAUAAGAAGAAAGCAGAGGAUGCUGAGCGAAGAGUAA